UAGACGUUGCGUCAGGUCGGUUGGACAAGGGCAAGCGUGGGUGAGAGAGACCGAGCAGCAGCGACUCUGAGACGAAAAAAUCAGGGAGCUAUCCCGUUCUCAGCAUUACUUCAUCAGCUACAUCUGAACGGAUAACGCGUUUGAGUUUCGUGGGGAAAAAACAAAAACAUAAAUAACGGCACAAUGAUGAUGACCCAGAUGGAGACAACGGUGCACUAUGAUAACGGUUACGAGGAUGAGUACAUGAUACAGGAGGACGAAUGGGACAGGGACAUGUUGCUGGACCCUGCCUGGGAGCAACAGCAGAGGAAAACCUUCACAGCCUGGUGUAACUCUCACUUGAGGAAAGCUGGUACGCAGAUUGAAAACAUUGAGGAGGACUUCAGAAAUGGAUUAAAACUCAUGCUCCUCCUGGAAGUCAUCUCAGGAGAAAGAUUACCCAAGCCAGACAGAGGGAAGAUGCGUUUUCACAAGAUUGCUAAUGUCAACAAAGCUUUGGAGUUCAUAACAAGCAAAGGAGUGAAACUGGUCUCCAUUGGAGCUGAAGAGAUUGUGGAUGGAAAUGUAAAGAUGACUCUAGGAAUGAUUUGGACCAUCAUCCUCCGCUUCGCCAUUCAGGACAUAUCUGUGGAAGAAACAUCUGCCAAGGAAGGUCUUCUUCUCUGGUGUCAAAGGAAGACUGCCCCUUACAGGAAUGUUAAUGUCCAAAACUUCCAUGUCAGCUGGAAGGAUGGCCUGGCCUUCUGCGCCCUGAUUCAUAGGCACAGACCCGACCUCCUCGACUUCUCUAAGCUCAACAAGGAUGAUCCUCUGGGGAACCUGAACCUGGCUUUUGACAUAGCUGAAAAACACCUGGACAUUCCCAAGAUGCUGGAUGCAGAAGAUAUCAUCAACACCCCCAAGCCUGAUGAGAGAGCUAUCAUGACCUACGUGUCUUGCUUUUACCACGCUUUUGCUGGAGCUGAACAGGCAGAGACAGCUGCCAACAGGAUCUGUAAGGUGCUUGGUGUAAACCAAGAAAACGAGAAACUGAUGGAAGAGUAUGAAAGACUGGCCAGUGAGCUGCUGGAGUGGAUCCGCUGCACCACUCCCUGGCUGGAGAACCGGACUCCUGAGAAGACCAUGGCAGAGAUGCAACGAAAGCUGGAGGACUUCAGGGACUACAGACGCCAGCACAAGCCCCCUAAAGUGCAGGAGAAAUGCCAGCUGGAGAUUAACUUUAACACCCUACAGACCAAGCUGCGCAUCAGCAAUCGCCCUGCUUUUAUGCCCUCUGAAGGGAAGAUGGUUUCUGAUAUAACCAGUGCAUGGCAGGGCCUGGAGCAGGCAGAGAAAGGCUUUGAGGAGUGGCUCCUCACAGAGAUCCGUAGAUUGGAGAGGCUGGACCACUUGGCAGAAAAGUUCCGCCAAAAAGCUACCAGUCAUGAAAACUGGGCCAAUGGUAAAGAAGUGAUCCUAUCCCAGAAGGACUAUGAAACAGCCACUUUGACAGAAAUCAGAGCACUGCUUCGAAAACAUGAGGCCUUUGAGAGUGACUUGGCAGCCCAUCAGGACAGAGUGGAGCAGAUUGCUGCCAUUGCACAGGAGCUAAAUGAGCUGGAUUACCAUGAUGUUGCCUCUGUGAACCAACGUUGCCAGAACAUUUGUGAUUCAUGGGACAAGCUGGGAACUCUGACUCAAAAGAGGAGAGAAGCACUGGAGCGCACAGAAAAGUUACUGGAGACUAUUGAUCAGUUAUUCCUGGAGUUUGCUAAGAGGACAGCUCCUUUCAACAACUGGAUGGAAGGGGCCAUGGAAGAUCUGCAGGACAUGUUCAUAGUUCAUACUAUUGAAGAGGUCCAGAGUCUAAUCGCAGCUCACGAGCAGUUCAAAGCCACUCUGCCUGAGGCAGAUACAGAGAGACAGGCCAUCUUGGGAAUCCACAAUGAGGUGCAGAAAAUUUCUCAGAGCUAUGGGAUCAAGGCCAACAUUAUCAACCCCUACAGCACCAUUACAACAGAGGAGCUUCUCAACAAGUGGGAGAAGGUGAAGAAGCUGGUUCCUCAGAGGGAUGGUGCCCUCCAGGAGGAGAUGGCUCGCCAGCAUGCUCAUGAAAGGUUGAGAAGGCAGUUUGCUGCCCAGGCUAAUCUAAUUGGACCUUGGAUUCAGACCAGAAUGGAGGAAAUUGGGCGCUGCUCCCUGGAGAUUGGAGGCACGUUGGAGGACCAGAUGACCCAGCUGAAACAAAUUGAGCAUGUCAUUGUUGCUUAUAAACCCAACAUCGACAAGUUGGAGGGAGACCACCAACUAAUCCAAGAAUCACUUGUGUUUGACAACAAACACACCAACUACACUAUGGAGCACAUCCGUGUCGGAUGGGAGCUGCUCCUUACAACCAUUGCCCGAACCAUCAACGAGAUCGAGACCCAGAUCCUGACACGGGAUGCAAAGGGUAUCAGCCAGCAACAGAUGAAUGAGUUCAGAUCUUCUUUUAACCACUUUGACAGGAAGAAGAAUGGAGCCAUGGAAACGGAUGACUUCAGAGCCUGCCUCAUCUCAAUGGGUUAUGACUUGGGAGAGGUGGAGUUUGCCCGAAUUAUGAUGUUGGUGGAUCAAAAUAGUACAGGGAUUGUGUCCUUCCAGUCUUUCAUUGACUUUAUGACCAGAGAGACUGCUGAUACAGACACUGCCGAGCAGGUUGUGGCAUCCUUCCGGAUCUUGGCAGCUGAUAAGCCCUACAUACUCGUGGAUGAGCUCAGGAGAGAGCUUCCUCCUGAACAAGCUGAGUAUUGCAUCAUGAGGAUGCCGCCUUACGCAGGCCCUGGAGCACCUCCAGGCGCAUUAGACUACACUGCCUUCUCCACUGCCCUCUAUGGAGAGAGCGACCUUUAAUCUAACCAGAAAACCUCUUGUGUACUGACUAUUUUACUUUUCCCCAGCAUCCCUAACUAUCUGCCUUUAAUGUCUUUAUGAAAUCAAGUAACCUAAAAACACAGCAGAAUAAAUAUGUUGAAUUAAAUCUAAGCCUUCAUUAAAAUAUUUUUUGAUGCAUCAAUCUGUCUGCAAUCAUGCCAAUAAAUGUUAUGUUUCUUGGUACUGUCUUUAUGUUCUCAUAGGUAAAGUAAAAUUGGAAAAAUUAAGCCAAACUAUAUAAACAAUUGAACAACAAUCUGCCAUUAUAGUAAAUUUAUGAGACACCAGCAAGACUAUAAUGUUGUAGUGGUUUUAUCAUGAAAGAAAUAGUCCUGUUUGCUUGCAGUAUUCGAUAUUUUCAUGUUUUCACAGUGUCUUUGUUCUGGGAAUAAACUCUUCUGACAAGGCCUUUUGAGUUACUUAAAGUGGAUUACAGUUUGUCAAAACAGUUUCAGAUCCACUGCUAUCCAUCAAUAAACAGUGGGCUCCCAAAAGGCCCCAAAAAUGCAUUACCAAGAGUGGAGGAAAAUGGGAAACUGCAUGAAUGCAAAAGUAAAUGUUUACAAAGGCUCAGUGGUUUCAAGGCACCAAAACACACAAGACUAAAUAUGCAAUAUUCAAAUUUGGAGAAAUGUAAUCUAAAACAUUCUCUAGCAGCAACAAAUAAACUGAUGCUUUCAUGUACAUCAGAAAUAUCUGUCAAAGAGCAACACAUGAGUAAAUGUUAGCAAGGUGAUCAAAUUCCCAUUCACUUUAAUUAUUUGAGUUUGAUACAAAAGAGAUGAUCUUGUGCUUGAGGAAUGACUGUACAGCCGGACGGCUACAUAUCCUUUAACACAUCUUUGAUUACUCUGACAUGUCUUUUUAGUUCAAAUAAAGCAUCCUCUAAACAAUAUUUUAACUACAUGUAAGCACUUAUUCUCUUGUUGCUGCUUUAGAAAUGUUGGCUUUAAAAUUAUGCAUAAACACUGUAACCAUCCUUGUGUUAUGUCCCUGUAAAGGAGUGUUGAUUAAAUAUUUCAACUUGUUUCCCAGUUUUCCUUGUUGACACCUGUGAAGUCCUUAUGUUACAAAAUCAGGUAUUUGAAUACUAAUUCCAUCCUUGUCCACAUCAUACAGCUAUUUGCUUUCUUUUAGUUUACUAGUGUUCAAUAAAUUUGAAAAUAAUUUCCAUGUUGUCAUACACAAGUAGAGUAUUUGAAUACACUAAUAAAAAUUUUCUUGUAUGUGCACUUAUCUCUAUAUUCUAUUAUUUGAUUAUUAUAUUCUAUAAAAAACAUCUUUUUGAUGUUCUUAGUGAAAAAAGAAUUAAUAGAAACUGUGUUGAGUUCACCCUCAUUUGGAAAACAAUUAAAAUACUGGAAUUAUCAAAUGGGAUUUUCUGUGAAGAUCAUUGGCCAAAAAGAAAAAAAAAAACCUAACUCAAAAUAGAAGAGCAAGCUGGGAAUGUAAAA